AUGGCACACAUAAAAAGCACGCGUUUACGCAAUCUGUAUGAAGAGGCUGAGUUUGACCGGGAACAUGAAGAAGUGAAGGAGAUAGAAGAAACCGAUUCUUUAAACCAAGUUCUUUAACGUCUUUCAUAGCGACUCUUCCUAGGGGAGAAAUCUUGGUGGCAUGAGGUUUCACCGUCGAAAAUGCUUCUGGAGUUUCAGCUUCCCGGCAACGAGUUUGAUUUUAUGCUCUGUUUGGAAGAACUGUCCAAAAUUGGUGUCUGUGAGGUAAAAGAGAUUCCUUUCCGGUCUGUUCCUGAUCCUGGCUAUGUUCAUGUACACGUACCGGAUCCUAUUAAUGAAAAACGUUGGAAAAAAUACAUCUCAAAUAGCAAGAAAUUAAAACCUAAAGCACUGCUGGAAAAGUUUGAAAUAUUAGUCAGAGAAGCCUUGACGGAGAAAUCAAAAGAUUUUCACCCAAAACUGGACCAACACAGUUUUACAACCGAGUUGAGGAAAAUUCCCGUUACAUUGAAGCUCGUGUGGAAUGGUACAAAAUACAGAUACUACGAAAUUUUGAUCGACUUGGUGUUAUGCAUUAGAGUUGAAGGAUGGCCGAAACAUUCUGACUUGCAAACUCGUUGCAACCGUUCUCAUCCAGGUUUUGAAGUAGUCAACGAAGUUACUAAGAUGGGCUAUCAUCUCAUAGCUUCAUGUAUCGGUGAAUCUGGGGCACCUAGACCCUGUUGGCGACUCUCGUUUUCAAAAGCGGAAGGUGUUUUGCUAAAACAUGUAUGCAGAAACUCAACACUUAUGCACAAGGCCACUGUGAAGAUUCUCAAAGUAGUAAGGAAAAAAAAUGAAUCGACGCUUGUAUUUGAAGAGGAAGAAGAGGAUGCGUUAGACUCGAUUCUAUCAGGAGCUCCCGAAAUAUCUUAUCUGAUAAAGUGGGGAUUUCAUUCUUAUGUUAUCAAGACAAUGUUUCUUCAUGAGUGGUUCGAGCGGCCGGAAGAUUGGUACUGGACGCAGGACCGACUUGUGGAUCGGAUUAAUAGUAUCCUAAAGAGGAUCCGUGACAGUAUUCGUGGAAAGGACAUUAGGAGCUUUUGGUUACCAGAUUAUAAGCUGUUCAACUUUCGUGCAAGAAGAAGAACAAGGACAAACAAGGCGGAAAACACGGUCUCUUCGUUGAUAAAACAGUUCGAGACAGCUUUAUAA